CUCAUCGAGUAAGCUGCUGUAUUAGUGGUUUUGAACAGGCAUUUGGAGACGUAGUAUUAACCAUGGAGUAUCCCAGAAUUUGGUUGAUUCUGUCCAUAGGUAUCUCAGCAAUUGUGGCAAUAAAUGCCGUCAAAUGUUUUGACUGCGUCGCACAGGCAGUAAGAGGCGAUAAAUGUGGUGAACGACAGAAUCGAAGCACAUCUUACUACUUCGAUUGUGCGACACUGACGCCUGAAUCAGGUGACAACUAUUCAUGUGCAAGACUAGAGUACAAGCAAGAUGGACUACACAAGAUCACCAGAUCAUGUCUAAUCAACAAUGGCGAUCUAACUUGUAACAAACUCAGGAAGAUAUCGCAAGUGAAGCUAUACAGCUGCGCAAUCUGUGACAUGGACUUCUGUAAUGGAGUAUAAAGUUAUUAUGCCUUAUCAGUGAUAUUUUAAUAAAGCUAUUAUACCAGUAGAAGUUUUUUGAAUUCCAUA